UGCUGUGACAAUGGGAGUCAUCCAGAUAAGCAUCAUCUGGACCGAGUGUGCUUAAAACACAGCGGCAACACACGCGCUUCACUCACUGAAACGGGGACGGGAAAGCAGCUGGGUGAGAAACACAAGGAGGAAGCUCCAGCUGCUGCUCCGAGACGUCUAGUGAUGGGAGCGUUCAGCCGCCAGAAGUUUUUCCAGGAGCUUGCUCAUGGCUGCCUGCUGCCUACAGCUCAGCAGGGCCUGGAGCAAGUAUGGCAGCUGCUGGUUAUCUGCCUGCUGUGUCGGCUUCUCUGGAUGUUGGCCCUCCCUUCCUUUGUGAAACACCUGAGCACAGUGGCGGGAGGUUUCUACACUCUCUACCUGUUCUUCGAGCUUCACAUGAUAUGGGUGGUCCUCCUCAGCCUUCUCUGCUACCUCUUCCUCUUCCUGUGCCGCCACUCCACCAUCCGAGGCACCUUCCUCUCCAUCACGGUGCUCAUCUACCUGCUGCUGGGGGAGCUGCACAUGAUGGACACCACCAACUGGCACAAGAUGAGAGGUUCACAGAUGGUGGUUGCCAUGAAAGCCAUCUCUCUGGCCUUCGAUCUAGACAGAGGUGUCGUGACCAGUGUACCCUCACCCAUUGAGUUCAUGGGCUAUAUUUACUUUGUGGGCACAGUCAUCUUUGGUCCUUGGAUCAGCUUCAACAGCUACAAAGACGCUUUAGAGGGACGUAAGCUGAGCUUUUCGUGGCUUUUAAAAGUGUCUGUUAGCUGGGUGAAGAGCCAGGUCUGCCUUGUUAUUUCCAACUGUGUGGCGCCCUACCUCUUCCCUUACUUCAUACCGGUCUAUGGAGACAAGCUACUACGAGGCAAAAAGAGGAGGAAGAUCAGAGGUACAACGGCAAAGUGGCUACUGGCAUACGAAAACACGAUGUCUUUUCACUUCAGCAAUUAUUUUGUUGGUUAUUUGAGCGAGACUACAACUACUCUGGCUGGAGCAGGCUUCACCGAAGAGAAGGAAAACCUCAAAUGGGACAUGACUGUAUCCAAGCCACUGAAUAUAGAGUUUCCCCGGUCGAUGGUGGAGGUGGUAACAUCAUGGAAUCUGCCCAUGUCUCGCUUCCUGCACACCUAUGUUUUUAAGAGUGCUCUCAAAUUUGGGACGUUCUCCGCCAUCAUGGUGACGUAUACAGCAAGCGCCCUGCUGCAUGGUUUGAGCUUUCAUCUGGGUGCAGUACUCAUAUCUCUUGGGUUCAUCACGUACAUUGAGCACGUGUUGCGGAAGAGGCUUGCAGACAUUUUUAAUGCCUGUAUACUGUCAAGGAAAUGUCAGCCAAACUGCACUCACCGGAACAAAAAGGAGCUAUGGGUGUAUGUGAUUAACAUAGCAUUCAGUGCACUGGCAAUACUCCACCUGACGUACCUGGGCUCUGUGUUCAACUCCAGUGUGGACUACAUGGAGGAGGAUGAGAACGUCAAAGGAUUUGCUUCUUGA